AUGCAAACGCAGCCGAAACCGAAACCAUGUAUGUACCUGUAUGUACCACAAUCCGUUGACAAUCCGGAUGAUGCUUUCCAAAGCUUCGAUCUUUCAGAGAGAUGGAAGGAGAGGAGUUGCGUAUGUAACGAGUGCGGGGCUCGGCCAUCCGGGCUGCUCGACCCGAGAUCGACAUACCCCU